UGUGUGAAUGAUGCUUUCUGUAGCUAUGGAAACCCCAUACAAUAGAUCCCCCGCCUUUUCUCUCCGUCUCUUUCCCUCUGGUAGAUUUCCCUCUAGGUCUCUCUCCCCCUCUCUAUCCACACUAAAGCUGUUAAGGCUACUUUGCGCAUGUACGGCCAGCCGCACCGAGCAUUGCAUCGACACCAAGAUGGCGAAAACACGUCUGACUUGCCUCCUGACUCUCCUCUCAACUCACUGUUACUUCAGCGUGUUAGCAGUGGUGCUAAAAACAAGUAAUGAAUCCCCCUCAACAGAUGAAUUUAACAAGGUCGAGUUGUCAUGUUUGAUUGAGUCCAUUUCCACAACAAAUCCCAGAAUUGAAUGGAAAAAGAUCACAAACAAUAAACCGAGUUAUGUUUACUUUGACAAGAAGAUCUCAGGUGACUUGGAGAACAGGGCUGUGAUCAAAGAGCCGGCUACGUUAAUAAUAACCAACGCCACAAGAUCAGACACAGCCAUAUAUCGCUGUGAGGUCACUGCGGCUACUGAUGCAAAGUCAUUUGAUGAGAUUGUGAUUAACCUUGUUGUAAGAGUGAAGCCAGUGGUGCCAAAAUGCAGCGUUCCAAAGUCUGUGCCUUUUGGGAAGUCAGCUGAGCUCAGCUGCGUGGAAGAGGAGGGCUUCCCCAAGUCUCACUACCAGUGGUUCAAGAACAGCGAGGAGAUUCCAGACGACCCGAAGACCAGUCUCAAAUUCUUUAACUCCUCAUACACGCUCAACACAGGAACAGGAACUCUGAGAUUUACUGCAGUCAGAAAGGAAGACGCAGGUGAAUACUACUGCCGCGCAAAGAAUGAUGCCGGACAUGCUCAGUGUGCACCCCAGAAGAUGGAAGUGUAUGAUGUUGACAUUGUGGGGAUCGUACUCGGAGUGCUGGUGGUGGUUAUUGUGCUCCUGUGUAUAACAGUGGGAAUUUGCUGUGCAUACAAACAAGGCUACUUCUCCAGUCAGAAACAGACCGGAAACAAUUACAAAGUUCCAGCCAAGGGAGAUGGAGUGGACUACGUCAGGACUGAGGAUGAGGGGGAUUUCCGACACAAAUCAUCAUUUGUGAUCUGAAAAUGAAAAGAGGACAGUGAGGGCUGUUGUGCUCAAGAUGUGACAUGUGGGCCCUCCGCGCUGUUGGACCACGGAGCUGCAACAGUUUAGGCUCUUGAGUUCACAGUGGGAAAUCCAACUACUCAAACUUGCCAAAGUUGACAGGAGCUUGCAGGCCACAAGAUGUAAAAAUAGUAUCACCCUCAUUUGAGUUUGUUUGCUAAAUUAUGGUUCUUUAUUUACAGUCAUUGCAUGGUUUUUAACAUGAAUUGAGGAGGCAGGAAGGAAACAUCUCUGGUAGAAAAUGGUUAGGAGGCUCUCUCCUCUACAGACAAUCUAUCAUGAUAACUUUCUACUGUAAACAUUUAGCUUUUGUCAUUUGUAUAACAUUUGUUUUCUACUGUUGAAACACUAUUUUUGAUGGAAUAUAUUUUAAAAUGCCUAUAGAUAAAAGUUUACUUUUUUAAAUAAUUGUAAAAUACUAACGUGUGUUUAGGUUGUUGUUGUUUGUUCUUUUUUGCUUGUGGAUAAAGUUUGUAAGACUUUGACCACUUUGUGUUAAGCUGUAAGCAUUCUCACCUUUUCAGAAGAUGAAAGACUAAAACAAGUUGCUGCUUUUUAUUGAGAUGUGCAUCCUGACGGGUGUUCCUGCAUACUCAGUCGCUCCACCCAGUCUGUGUUAAAGUGACAAACUUCCUGUUGAUGUUUGUAGAUAGUCUUAGUGAGAGGCUUUCAUGAGUGCCAGUCCAAUGCUGUGAAACACUGUACACAAUCUGAGCUGUGUGUUUUAAGUGUCCUUCAGUGCUUACAGUUGAUCCUGUGUAUAUUGCAGUAACUUUCAGGAUAGUUGGCUGAUAUGCACACAAUAUAUGUUGGGUACACUAUAACUGUCAGAGUGAUGAUAAUACAGGGUUUGUAAAUUAACCUUCCAGAACCAGAAGACCCAAGUGGUACUUACUGGGUUCCUGCGCAGUUUGGAAUAGUGUGAAAUGUAAUUUCAGUAUUUACCAGGUCUGGGUUAGUAUGUAUCAGACACACAUGAAAAUAGAAAAUAUUAGUUUUUUUCAGACUUUACUCUGUCCGAAUGUCUAAAUAAUGUGUCCUUGCUCAUGUCCUUUCCUUCUUUCUUGUGUCCACUGCUCUCUUCCUCCUUCCUUUCUUCCUUCCUUUCUUCCUAUGUUCCUUCCUUCAUUUCUUCCUUCAACUUUUAAAAUGAACAUAAUGGACUAAGUCUGGAAAAGUGUGGAAGUUCUACGUAAAAACUGUGUAGGAACCCUGUACCUAUUUUUAUUUCUACUAAGGAAAAGAAUUCUUCUAGUACCUAAUGCAGAUUUAACAAUGUAUUUAACGGGUAAAAUACCUUAUUAGAACCAAGUAGUUUAAACAAGAGUCCACUUUGUGUAAACUGGCUUUGUCAAACGACUUGGCUUAGUAGCACACAAUAAAUAUGUUUGAACUGGAACAAAGAAAGAUGAAGACUGAACUGCACCAACAAACAACCCUUCAAUCUGGGAUCAGUAAUAUUCUGAUUGGAACAAACCAAGGCCUAAACCAGGAAAACCCAGAGAAGCUGUGAGCUCAAGUCAAAGUAAAACAAUACAUUUUUCAUUGUUCUUGUGUCUGGAUUUUGUAAACACAGAAAGAAGAAUCCCAGAUUGUAUGUUUGGGCUGCUUCCCUAGUAUCUCAGACAAAACAGAAGCACCUUAUCUUUUUUCUGAAUCCUCCUCUAGGUACUCUCCUGUUCUGGGUCACACAGCAAACUGACCCAGGAUAAUUUACUGUAUCAACCUGGCAUGAGGGGUGACGCUCAUAAUCACUAAUAUCUCUGUCAUAUUAUCUUCCUGCUGAUGAUGCAGGUUAAUCUGGACAGGGACUCCCCAACACUUGGAUCCAUUUGAAAUACAUAAAGUACUGUCAACGCAGCAUGGUUUGGAGAUCAGUUUAGCUCAGUUGGUUAUUUCUUCUCUGAGCUGGUACUGUAACAUAACAGAACCCUUAAAUCUGUUGGAUUGAGAUGGCUCCACAUGAAAAUGUUCCAUUUGUACAGAAUAACAAGUAUUUUUUUAUAUUGAAAGAAUCAAGUGAAACGUUCUCUUUGAAAGUUCCUCUCCAACCCCACAUGGAUGCUGCGUGUGAAAAAAGGCCUACAAGCUGCUGAAGUCUAAACAUUGUUAUCACCUUUUAUUGACCAGAAAACUCCUCACCAGUUCUCCAGCUUGCAGUGAGGUUGGUAGAAACUGGUGGUGUCAUUCCCAGAACCACAUACUAACGAGAAUGCAGCAGAAGUGACAGGCCUUGGAGUUGGUGGCCACUUCAGACCCAGAUACAAAGAAAAGUAUUUUUGUCAGAAAUAUUUCACUUAAAGUUCAUUUCUGAAAAAUAGAUUUUCAAGAUGAAGGGUUUUUUUUUGGUGUAGCUCAGCUUCUACAGCUUUAAUCACAGCUUCUGUUCUCAUUCCAUUUAGUGAAGCUGAUGUUACAGUGAAGUAUUGAUUCAUUCGGGGUCUGGAUGGUUAACACUUGUACUGAUUGUAAAUAGAUGUUAGAGUGUUCUGAUUUUUUUCUUGUCUUUCCCUAGAUUAUGUAGAGCAGUGAAAAUAUUUUUUAACCCAAGGCAAUAUGAAACUCUUUCCAUCAGUGAGACUGAAAAGGGAAACAUUUCAUCCGAUCUUUCACAACAGGAGAACAAGAGCUUCUUGGGUCAGCUUUAAAAGGUAUUCAGAGCUCUUUGUUCAUUUUAUCUCUGAUCAUAUCAGAAUAAAAAGCUACUUCGGUGUUUCCCAGCUGUGAUCAGAGUUUGACAAUUAGCUGCGUGGUGAAAUAUUAAUAUCAGUCAUGGUAGAGAUGAUGUGCCCAACAGUUUUACACCAUCACCAGUGGUCAAAGUGAACAUGUUGCUUUAAGGAAACAUGUCUACAGGGUUCCUGCGUAGUCUACAAAAAAAUUACAUUUUGUUUCAGUAUUUUCCAGAUCUGGAUAAGUUUGGAAAUAGAGAUCACAAAUAUGGAAGAAUAUUUGUCCCAAUCUCAAUGUCUGAAUACUGUGUUCCUCCUUCCUUUGUCUAUUCUUUCUUCCUUCCUCAAGGCCUCCCUCCAUUGUGUUCCCCCUACCUCUUAUGUCCUUCUUUUCUUCUUUCUUCAUGCACUUCCAUUCUUCCUGAUGUCAUUACUUUUUUCUUCCCCUUCUCCCUCAUUUUUUCACUGCUCAUCUUCCUUCCUUUCUUCCUUCCUGGUGUCCUUUCUUCUUUAUGUCUUUCCUUCCUAUUUCGUGUUUUCCUGGUUCCGUGUUAAACCAUUACCACUGUUGUAAUGCCUGCUAUACAUUUUUAGUCAACUUAAGUAUUUAUUACUUUAAAAUAAAGAUAAAAGACAGAGAAAUUUAAAAAGUUGAGUCUGGAAAAGCCUGGAACUGUUAGAUGAAAAAUGUGUAGGAACCCUGUGUCUAAGUGUGCUAUUUGGCCAAUAAGACGAUCAACAUUUGACAGCACAUUGCUGCAGAAAUCUCCAGUCAUUUGUAAAAAGUUCAUUCCUCUUAAGUGCCUUCAUGCCUUCAGACCUGUCCAGUUUCACAGGAAAUCUGUCAUGGUAUCAGAGGCUCCCUUCACCCGGCCCAGAUCAUAUAUCCACAAGCAUGGCGUUUGAGAGGAAUGAUGUCACUGCAAACUUCUGCUUUCCCUCUUUACAUAUCUGAUCACUUGUAAAUAUCUUUUUUUUCCAUAGAUUUGAAUAUAUAGAACAUGAUGAAGUAGAAUUGAAAACAUUUUAGUGCGUAAAUAUAUAUAUAUAUAUAUUUAUUUAUAUAUAUAUAUAUAUAUAUAUGCACAAUAGUGCUAAAUGUCAUUACCAUAAAUGGUAAUGACAUUUAGCACUAUCAGGUCAAAAUUAAAGAAACAGGAACUGGUACCCAAAGCAUUUAGUUGAACUCUGGCUUUCAGCAGAUUUCCUGUCACCUUUCUCCACUGUCCUCCAUCACUGCGGUGCUUGCUCAGACGAUUUCAUUUCCAAGUCCACCCGUUGUUCUGGUUGCUAAGGUAAACACAGUGUGCAGCAACAGGCAGGUGGAAAUAAAGCCUAGUUCAUGCCCACAGGUGGCUCUGACUGAGCAUGUGUACUGGUUUGUUAGAAGUUGUAAGGCAGUGAUGCUGCAGGUUUUAUUUCCACAUCUUGUACAUGUGGUAGUGAUGCUUUCCUCUGUGUGAUCUGCUGCUUGUUGACCAGGACUAAAAACCACACGGGCUAAGAGGGGAAUGUCAUUAAAAGACCUGCUUGGUUGCUUUUGUUCAUUUUAGAGCAAACUGUUUGUGAUGAAUAAAACUCACUCCUUAUUUUCCUGGAGAACAUAU